AUGGAUAGAGAGAAGUUUCAGCAGAAGGCUCUGAAGCAAACUAAGCAGAAGAAAUCCAAGUCGGCUGAAUUUCUGAUGGUUAAAGAAGACAGAGCAGCUACAGAAGGCAUUGGAAACCCAGCUUUUAACAUGAGCAGCCCAGAUCUCUCAGCACAUCAGAGUUCAGAAGAGAAAGUGAUUAGACAUGACAUGCUGGAUUGCACCCUUGCAGCUCACCAACAAAGAUCCAGGCUGCCAGCCCCUGCACAACCAAAAGGAAAUGAAUACGGCAGAAAUUACUUUGACCCACUGAUGGAUGAGGAAAUAAACCCAAGGCAGUGUGGGAUGGAGGUCAGCAGAGAGGAAGGUCAAUCAGAACUGGACACAUGGGAUUCUGAGGCACCCACGAGUUCCAGGAAGAGUCAUGGACUCCACAAAGAGGCCGAUGAAACCACCCCUGCUUACGUCGAAGAGUUUGAAAGACGUGCUCGGGAAGACAUUGUUCUGCUUGGAAGUUCUUCUUCAGGGCAGGAAUGGAAAUUUGAUGGGGAAGGACUCAACCAGCACAUUCCUGUGUCAUGUUUAAAGACUGAUAAAACAUUUCGGAACCCCAGAGCUCCACCAUUCACUGCAGACUUACCCAUUGGUAAAAGGGACAACGUGGCCAAGCUCGGCUCCCUUACAGAGGUAACUAAUGAUUCCCAGGGAGCAGCAGGAUCUUGCUGGCAGGUGCAGCAGACUCAGGCACCUCAGCCUCUUCAAAUACAGAUCAAAUGCAUCAGGGGUCUCAAGGACAAGGCUCCACAAGGCUCUUACCUCCUCAAAGUGUCCCUGCUUGGCCGACCAGGGGGCUGUGCCUUGCAGUGGUGUCCAACAGAGGAGCUGAAGACCAGAACACAGGCAGUUAGGCAUAAUGGAAACUUCUAUGAUGUGAGUCUGCAUUUCCACAAGAGCCUUCACGUGGUACUACCCCAAAGGAAAGAUGUGAAACCUGGCAUAGCUUUCUUAUUUGAACUCUUUCUCCUUCGUGGGAAACAUGCCUGCCUUGGCCAGGCUGUGGGCUGGGCAAUCUUUCCCCUGUGUGAUAACAACUUGGAUGUAGUGGAAGGAAAAUUCAAGUGUCCCCUUCUCCGAGGACAUUAUGACCGGAAAUCCAGAAGUUUUAGGAAAAUUGAAGAUUUGAUUUGCCUGGACUUGGACCACUGGCUGUGCAAUCUCUAUUUUCAGGUCAUUAAACUUCCUUCGCUUUUGGAUGAUGAAAAAAAUCAUGAAAGCAAUACUCAGCUUGGCACUGAAUUUCCAAUGCAUUUAUUGGUUAAAGGAGAUAAAGGAAAAUUAGGUGUACAUGAUACAUCUGGCCCCUGGGAGAAAAAAUCUGAGAAAGAUAUAUGUGCAUCGAUGGAUAAUGGAACUCAAUCCACCUUACACUCUUCUCAGGGGAGCUUUUCUAAUAAAAUGGGUCCCUGCCCUGCGGAUGGUGAUCUCAGUCUCUUGAAAGAAGACCGUGAAUCACGCUCUCAGGGAAAUAGCCUAACUGAUCAUUCUAUGAAGGAAAAAUCAACUGUUUGGAGACCCGAAGAACUUGCAGAUGAUUCACAGGAUACAUCUUACUUGGAGGAACUGGAAAAACAUCGAUUUUCUGUUUGCUGUUCUUCAGUGGCUGCAGGUCGGGGAUCUGGAGAAUUCUUCCAGCAUCUCCAUUUUGCGCUGGUGUUGGUGUUUUCAGAACUUCAAUUAGCUCAGUGGCAGAGCCAGGGCUUCUGGUACAUCAUCCUGCUGAUGGCUUCUCUCUGGUUCCUGAGGCUCUACCUGCAUUACCUUGGCCAGUGGCUUUUCCUAUGGGCCAUUUCAACUCCAGUUACAAAAUUCCACUUUUACCCCUACACAGUUGAGCUUUGCUACCCAAGUUCUUUGCUUCGCAUGGAAGAGGAGCUGCCUGUGGUUGUGGCGGGGCCCUUGAUGCUGAACACAAUCAUAUUCCUCUUGGUUCUGAUCAGAUGGGGCUGUCAGCUGCUGUUUGCCUCCUGCCCUGACGCCUUGUCAAAGUUGAUCAUCGCCAUGGGACUAUGGACAGUUCUGGACCCACUGGCAGUGUUUAUAGUGGAUACUUUCCUGGGGAGGCUUACACCUGAUGGGGAGAUGCCUAUAGCCGAUGCAGCCAAGCUCUACUGGGCGUUUGUAAGAAGCAGGCAGCUGGGGAUUCUUGGUGUGAUGAUCACGAUGCUACUUUACAUUCUCCUGUUCAUCAUUUCUGCCCUGAUUUUGUAUUUGUAUUGUCUCAGGUUGCACAGUGACUCUUGGAUAUUGGAUGCAUUUCAGCGUAUCCACAGUGAAGAAUCCAAGUUCUUCAUUCCGUAUGAUUUGGAGAUUUCCAAUCAGGAGCUAAGUUACAUAGUGAAAAGAUCCCAGCAAUGGAGAGGAAUCAAUGGUGAACGAAGGAAGGUGGCAGUGUAUGAUUACAUCUGGAAAAGCCAUGGCAUCAAGUCCAGUGUCUCCAGCUGUGACCUCCAACAUCAGAAUGAAAUCUCUGGGUCUGCACUUGGUCCAGAAGAAGUUACUUCUCAUGUGUCUAUAUACAGUGUUUAUCCCAGUGGGUUCCAAGAGCUGUACCGCCAUUUUCUCAGGCUCCCCGGUGGUGCCAUUGUUGAGGUGUUAGGUGAAAUCAGUGCCUUGAAGUUUGUCCACAGAGAAGUGGUCAUAGCUAUUCAGGAGCACAUAACUGAAAUGGACACCGUUCAAUCAGAAGUCAGUAGCAGGUAUCAGGAAGAACAGAUAGAAGUCAUGCCCGUCACUAACAGUUCUCAGAGAGAAUGGAAACCUCUUUCAUCUUUCUUACCUCCAAAGGAGCUACUGGGCCACUCGGAAAUUGGAAGAGGGAUGGGAUCAUUUCUAACACUCUUGGGAGCAGUUUUAUCUCAUAUGGAGGGAAUGAGGGGAGUGAUUAGAAGAUAA